AUGAGCCCAAGACCAUCUUUAUCUAAGGACCGCAGCCCGGAACCUCCGCGGUCGGCGGGAGUUGCGCCGACCUUCCCCCUGAAGCCCAGGAGCCCCGCGCGGGGAGGAAAGGAGCCCAAGAAGCGCAACGAGCGCGCGGGGAAGGGCUUCAAGGGCGGCCCGCAGAACGCGCUGUUCAUUCCUCCUCCCAUCCGUGGUUCUCUCAGCACCCCCCUCUCAUUCCCACCACCUUCCCGCUUCACCUUCCCACAGCCACAGAACCAGCGCCAAAGGCUCAUGCAGACGCUACAGCACCCUCAGGUGUUAUCCCAGGUGCCACAGUCACCACAGGCGCUACAGCACCCGCAACUGCUGUCUCAUGCGCUGCAACAGCCGCAGGUGCUCUCCCAUGCUCUGCAGCAACAACUGCAGGCGCUACAGCAGCACUCACCCGCGCUACAGCACCCUCAGUCGCUACAGCAAUCACAGGCGCUUCAACACUCUCAGGUGUUUUUACAAGCGCUGCAACAGCCACAGGUGCUCCAACAUACGCUACAGCAGCCAGAGUUUCUGUCACCACCGCUACAACCGCCACAGUCGUCAAUGUGUGUGCUACAGCCGUCCACUGAAAUGGCUGGACUCACGGGAAGCGGAGGUGGGGCACUCCAAGAUCCGCUCCACUCUAUGCUGCCAACACAGCCGCUACAGCCGCUACAGCUGCCACAGCUGCUGCCACGGCCGCUGGCACAGGUGAUACUACAGCCGCCCCAGUCACAGGCACAUGCGCUACAGCCGUCACAGCUGCUGACAGAGGCGCCACUACUGUCUCGAUUGCAGGAACGUCCCACGCUACAGCCGCCACAGACGCUACAGCCGCCACAGGCGCUACAACUACCACAGCUGCCGGCUCAGGUGCCAUUUCCGCCCCUGGGUUUGCCGAUAUCGCCCGGCCUUCAGGACAUGCUGAUUGGCCGAGAGAUUGCACGCCUGUUGGGGGAACCCACCGACGGAAAGCAGAGUAGGGCGUCAAGGGACGGCUGGCCUGUUACUGGGUGGUUCUUCUACAGUCCGGUUUGA